UCUGUAAACCUGUACGACCAAUUACAAUCCGGCAAGUGGCAACUGUCCUCCAUCCUCAGCUCGCCGUCUUACCAGCGUAUCGUUAUCCUUACCAUCUCUCUCUCUCUCUCUCUCUCUAGUGCCACACCAAGGUCGGUAAGAGCUCCUCUGAUGGUGGUUAGAGCUGCGGCUGAGUGUUAGCUAAAGCAGAAGAAAUGGAGUGUCUUGGUAGUGGUCGUAUUUUCCGUGGCUGCAAGACUGUCUCGUUUCCUUCACCAUUUCGCUUUCACAUAGCGAUUGGGAGAAUACACAAGGACUCUUUGUCAAAAUCUUCAAGACCACCGUUGUUUUCCUUGAGCUCCAGAGGGCCCAGAUGCUGCAUGGUCGUCAAGGCCUCGGCUGCAGAGAGCUGCACGACGGCUGAUUCCAAGAAGAAAGGUUUCGGCGACGAGGAUGAUUACCUGAGGGCCGGCGGUUCUGAGAUUCACUUCGUUCAGUUGCAGGAGAGGAAGACCAUGAAGCAGCAGGCUAAGAUUGCUGAUAAGCUUCCACCUAUACCUUCUGGGACUUCUUUACUUGAUCUGGUAGUAGUUGGAUGUGGCCCUGCUGGUCUAUCCUUGGCUGCAGAGUCUGCUAAGGCAGGCUUGUCCGUUGGCCUUGUUGGGCCGGAUCUUCCAUUUACCAACAACUAUGGAGUAUGGGAAGAUGAAUUCAAGGAUCUUGGGCUUGAGGGGUGUAUUGAGCAUGUUUGGCGGGACACUGCUGUCUAUCUUGAGAGCGAUUGUCCCAUCCAGAUUGGUCGUGCAUAUGGCCGUGUAAGUCGAGAUGCACUGCACACAGAACUGGUGAAACGGUGCUUUGAGGCGGGGGUCACAUACCUUGACUGUAAAGUGGAAAGAACAAUUGAAUCCAGUGAUGGCCAUAUCCUUGUUGCUUGUGAAAGUGGUGCUGCGAUUCCCUGCAGGCUUGCUAUUGUUGCCUCAGGAGCUGCUUCUGGGAAGCUUUUGAAAUAUGAGCUCGGUGGUCCUAAAGUUACUGUGCAGACAGCAUAUGGCAUUGAGGCAGAGGUAGAAAACAAUCCGUAUGAUCCCAAUGUGAUGGUUUUCAUGGACUAUAGAGAUUAUGUCAAGAAAAAGGAUAAAACCAUUGGGUCUGAGGUUCCAUCAUUUCUUUAUGCCAUGCCAUUGUCACCAACAAGAGUUUUUUUCGAGGAAACCUGUUUAGCAGCAAGACCUACCAUGCCAUUUGACAUACUGAAGAAAAGAUUAAUGACACGCUUGGAAACCAUGGGAGUUCGCAUUGUUAAAGUUUAUGAGGAGGUGACUUACUUAUCCAUUUCAAGUUUGAGAAACUCUCUUUCCCUUGCACAGGAAUGGUCUUACAUUCCUGUUGGAGGAUCAUUGCCAAACACUGCACAGAAGAACCUUGCGUUUGGUGCUGCAGCUAGCAUGGUUCAUCCUGCCACAGGUUACUCUGUUGUCCGCUCUUUGUCAGAAGCACCAAAUUAUGCUUCUACAAUUGCAAGAAUGUUGAAAUGUAGCAUCCAGUCUCCAAAAGUAUUUCCUUAUGGUGCUACCAAGAAUAUUUCCUUACAAGCAUGGGAAGCUCUUUGGCCUCAGGAGAGAAAGCGCCAGAGAGCGUUUUUCCUUUUUGGGUUAGAAUUGAUUUUGCAGUUUGAUGUCAAUGGAGUCAGAGAAUUCUUCGACACUUUCUUCCGGUUACCUGAAUGGUUAUGGAAAGGAUUCCUUGGUUCCAAGCUUUCAUCCAUUGAUCUUGUAUGGUUUGCUUUAUAUAUGUUCGUGAUUGCGCCAAAUGGUAUGAGAAAGCUUCUUAUAAGACAUCUCUUGUCAGAUCCAAGUGGAGCAACUCUUAUGAGGACAUAUCUCAACCUUUAGACUUUUCUUUACCUUUGUCUUUAUAUGGUAAAUGAUGUUGCUUCAUGUUGCUUACCAAGUUAAAAUAGCAUGUCAAUGAUUUUGAAGCCUUUUUAUUGUGGGCUUUUAUCUUAA